CAGCAAGCAAGUCUUCACUCUCGGUGGGUGUUCGCCAUUGCUUCUCGUUGGAUUGAGGGGAUUAAUUCUUGUUGGUUUUAUUUCUCGCAGACCAAGAUACUGGGUUGAUCAGCAUGGCGCAAAACGCCGUGGGAAGGCUCUUCCGUAGCCAGAAUUCCUCGUCGCUUCGUCAGUCCAUUGGGUCGAUUACACAGACGCGCGGUAUCUCGAGACAUGCCGUCCCAACCUUCACCCCCACGACGUCCCCCGAACUGGACCAAGCCCUCAACCGCUUCCGCGAAGAGCUGUUCAUACCCUUCAGCCUGGGCCAACAACAACGGCGUCUAAUGUUCCGCCAGAAAUACGCCGACCGAUUGGAACAAGAGCCCGUGACGGCCAACCUGGGCGAGGAGGAGUUCCUCCUGCGGCCGAUGGACCCGCAAUCCCGGCCGACCAAGAACGAAGCCAUCGAAGUGAUCUCGUUGAUGAAGAACACCACAGACUGGAAGAACCUGGUGCCGUUGCUGUCCGGGCUGCGACUGUCGAAUCGCGUGCUCAAGUCGAGUCGGAUGGAGUGGAUUGUGCGGAAGGCGGCGGAGGCGAAUGCGCUGGGGGUGAUGUUGGAGUGUGCGAAGCAGGUGGAGCGGACGGGGGUGCAACUGAAUGAGGUGGGAUUUGUGCAGAGAUUGUUCUUUGAGUUGCAUCGGAAGGCGCAGCGGGCGGAGUUUCAGGGCCCCGAGGUGACGAAGGCGUGGUCGAUUGCGACGCAACUGGUCGGGUUGAUGGAGCGGCCGGGUCAUGUGCAGCAUGAUGUGGCUAAGGAUCCGAAGCGGAGGCCAUUUUUGAUUGGGAUACUGUUGGAGUUGAGUGCCGCGCGGGCGUUGAGUGAGUUUGGGGGUAAGGAUCAGGAUGGGAUGGUGCGGCUGUAUAGUCAGCGGUUGUUGGGGAGCUGGCCGCUGGGGAACUUUAACGGCGAGACAACGGAGUGGGUGGCCGUGGAUCAGAUGCUGCAGGAGAAUAUCCCCAUCUAUAAUGGUAUGAAGCUGGCGCUGCAGGUGCAGGGCGUGCCUCAUGAGCGGUCGGUGGCUCCGGCCUUGAAGAACCGUCUCAAUGAGCUGAACCAGUUGAUCGCGAAGCAGCUCAAGAAUGCGCCGGAGAAGGUCCAGCAGAAGCCCACGGUGGGUCUGGUGCAGGCUCAGCUGUUGUACCAGGGCUAGACGAGGUCGGGGGUGAUCGGAUUAUGAAUUGUAUAUUACCAUUUGGAUCGUUCGGAGCUCUAUCUGUAUUUGAAAUAGAUGCCAUUUUCAUUGUCCUG